AUGGAUGUUAAUGUUCAAUUAAAUAAUUCUGAACGUUUAAUGCCGUUUUUAUUCACUAUUGGAGAUUUCCUAUUAUGUAUUCCCACAUUUAUGAAUUGUUCAACGUUUUGGACAGCGUUACAUUUUAGACCGAAAUUAAAAUGGUCAAUCGAAGAUCCUAAUCAAAACUUCCCGAUUGUUGAUAUAUUUAUUGUGUGUUGUAACGAGCCAGCAGAUAUUUUAAUCGAUACUGUACGAUCAGCAUUAUCAUUAAACUAUCCAAAAGAUAAAUAUCGUAUUUGGGUACUUGAUGAUGGAAAAUCGAAUGAAAUUUCAAAUUAUGUUGAACAAAUAUCUAAUAAAUAUUCAAAGCCUGAUAUACACUACAGACGACGUUUCAAAGAAAUUAAUAAACCACAUUAUUUCAAAGCGGGUAAUAUAAACAAUGGCCUCUCAGAACUAAAUCGACUUCAAAAUGAGUUACCAAGUGAAUACUUGCUUGUUCAAGAUGUUGACAUGAUUCUACAUCCUGAUUUUCUGCUUCGAACGUUACCUCAUUUUUAUCACGAUAGAAGAUCGCAAUUAAAUGAAUCAAUUGCUUAUGUUCAAACACCUCAACGUUAUUAUAAUGUAACACCAGGUGAUCUAUUAAGUCAAGCAUUGACUGGUGUAAAUGCUAUUCUAAUGCACAGUGAUUCAAAAUAUUCAUCGACUUGUAUAGGCUCUGGAAUGUUGAUUAAAUUAUCGAUUUUAAAUGAAAUAAACAGAUUUCCUGUUGAUAGUAUAACAGAAGAUUUUAAUUUUUCCUAUUCAAUACAUCAACUUGGUUAUAAAUCAAUAUUUAUCAAUGAAGAUCUUCAAUUUGGUUUACAACCAGAAUCAUUAACAGCUGCCAUUGAACAAUAUAAGCGAUGGUGUCUAGGAAAUUAUCAAGUUAUUCGUUUAAAUCCAUGUUCAUCUAUUCAUAAAAACAUGAGUUUAUUCCAAUUCUGUGUUUAUUUUUCAAUUGGUAUUCGCCUCUGGUAUUGUUUCCCACAAUUAUAUUUACCAAUAAUUACGUUUAUUGCAUUAUGGUGGCGAUUGCCAUUUAUUCUUUUAAGGAAUGUUCAAAUUUGUAAAAUAACACUAGCAUUAACAUGGUUCCAGUAUAUUCUACAUCGAUUAGUUUUAUAUACUUUGUUCUACGAUAUUGUAGAUGGUCAUGAUUCAACCGAGAGAACUGAUGUUGAAGCUGUAUCAAUGAAAGCGAUAGCAACGUUGCCGAUCAACCCUGUUUUAUGUAUCAUUCAAAUAGUUGAACGUACUAUUCAGCAUUCCCUAUGGAUGUCGCCAUUUUAUCUUGUUGGAUUCAUAACAACAUUAUGUAAAUUACCUAAGUUUACUGCAACAAACUCAUUUCCAUCCAUUAAAUAUGAACGUUCAAAAUUGCUGAAAUUUUUGAUUCAUAUAGCAUUCAAAGGUCUCUUAUUUCACAUAUUAUAUAUUAUAUUCAGUUUAAAUCUCAUACUGAGUUAUAUACUACAUUAUUCGAAACAGGAUGCUAGUCGUUUGCCACAAUCAUUAUGGCAAAUAUUACUUAUAAUUGUAUUUAUUGUUAGCUUGAUGCCACCUAUCUGGUUUAUUCUGUUUCCACCACAAGUACCUGACAGAAAAUCGUAUCUCGUAUAUGACAAUCAUGAUGAAAAUAAAGAACCCUUUAUUAAACUCAACCCAAAUGUAUCAUUAUAUCCGGUGACUAAACGAACAACCUUACGCAUUCUAAUUCUACCAGUAUUUAUUAUACUAACUUGUAUUAUAAAUAUGCAUCAAUUACAUUAUAAUCCACAUUACAUUCUUGCAUUCUUGAUACGUGCAUAA